GCUAGCAAUAUCUCGUACGCAGGAGUGAGCCAGAGCUCUAUCGUGGACGGAAAACUAACAGUAGCGCUGGCGUUCAGGAUGGUUAUCCGGACCGUACUUAAGGCGGCAUUGCGCUCAAGACUGGCUCGACCCAUACCCCUCAGCAACGAGUUCCGAAGCCAGUAGGAUCAACAUACCAUCUUCGCCGACAGACACCAUGGCUGAACACAGCAUCCUGAUCACCGCUGCCGGUGGUCACAUCGGCUCGCAAUUGGUCCCUCAGCUACUCGACGGCGGCUCGGUGAAGCUCGUCCUCCCAACCUCCAACGCAGAACGCUUGUCGAAAGGUCUACCCUCAAGUGCAACCGAUGACAACGUCGCAGUGGAAGAAGGCCGCAUCCAAGACCCGCAAUGGAUCCAGACGCUCUUCGAGAAGCACAAUGUUGGUUCCGUCUUCCUCUGCUUGACGGGCCAGGAUGAGCUGUUCACUACGCUCAACAUCUUCGACGCUAUGCAACGCGCUGGUACCGUUAAGACGCUCGUCUACCUCUCCGCGUGUGGCGACUUUAUCUCGAAUGAAGGCCUUCCUUUUGUGAUGCGCGUGUGCUCGGCUGGCCAUGUCCUGGUAAAGCCGCUCAUUGAGCAGAAACUCGCGCACGCCGGCUUUCCGUGGAAGACUGUUGUCAUCGGACCAACCUUGUUUAUGUCGAACGAUGAGCGGUCCAGAGGGUCUUUGAUGAAGGAGGGCUAUUUCGAUGAGCCGCUUGGUGAAGUCGGCGUCAGUCGGGUCAAUACCUCGGACAUUGCACUUGGCGUUCGUGACGCCAUCCUCAAUCCAGAGAAAUGGGCUGGGAAGAAGAUCAUGAUCGGCUCGCUUCGCAGAUACACGGGUGCCGAGAUCUGCGAGCUAUGGGGCCAGACUCUUGGUCGUGACGUGAGAAUCUGUGGCAGUGAUGAGAAGUCCAUGCUCGACUUUGAGAACCGUCUUGAGGUUAAGGUUAGUGGUGGCAAGACGGACGUGGUCACGGGUUGGGGCAGAGACCUGAGGCUGAUGUACGAAGUGUUCGCCAAGGUUGGCUUCGGCAUGAACGAGGAGGAGUACAAGGAGCAGGUGGAGUUGCUGGGCCAGGAGCCGGUCAACUACGAGGAGUGGGUGACGAAGACGGGGAGUAGCUGGAAGUCUGGCUAAGUAGGGAUGCUCACUGCAGACGGACGUUGACACUUCCCUAUUCCUCUCGAUCAUA